GAAGGAGGAGUCGCUGCUGCGGUACAAACUCCUCUUUCCUCCGCUCCAUUUCCUCGUCUCCUCCCGCAGGACCUCCACCUUCUGUCAGCACCGUAAAUUACUGUCAAAAUGUUCCGGCACCUCGGAGGACCACUCACCCGGGGAGGAGGCAGAGUCUUGCGGUCCGGCUGCUCCGCCGCUGGCCCGGCGGUUCUCCCGGUGUCUGUCCUGCUGCGUCUUCGCAGCUACAGCCAGGCCGUAGACCGGGACGACCCGAACUUUUUCACCAUGGUGGAGGGGUUCUUCGACCGCGGAGCAGGGAUCGUGGAGGACAAGCUGGCGGAGGACCUGAAGACCAGGGAGAGUCCGGACCAGAAGAGGAAACGGGUCCGGGGGAUCCUCCGGCUGAUCAAACCGUGUAACCACGUCCUGAGCGUCUGCUUCCCGAUCCGGAGAGACUCCGGGGAGUGGGAGGUGAUCGAGGGGUACCGGGCCCAGCACAGCCAGCACCGGACCCCCUGCAAGGGAGGUAUCCGUUACAGCAUGGACGUGUGUGUUGAUGAGGUCAAAGCUCUUGCCUCGCUAAUGACGUACAAAUGUGCCGUUGUUGAUGUACCGUUUGGUGGUGCCAAAGCUGGCGUGAAGAUCAACCCUAAGAACUACACGGACACGGAGCUGGAGAAGAUCACCAGGAGGUUCACCAUUGAGCUCGCUAAGAAAGGCUUCAUCGGACCUGGCGUCGAUGUUCCUGCUCCUGACAUGAGCACCGGAGAGCGGGAGAUGUCAUGGAUCGCAGACACUUUCGCCAACACCUUGGGACAUCACGACAUCAACGCUCAUGCCUGCGUCACCGGCAAGCCCAUCAGCCAGGGAGGGAUCCAUGGUCGGAUCUCCGCCACGGGACGGGGUGUCUUUCACGGCAUUGAGAACUUCAUCAACGAGCCGUCCUUCAUGAGCCAGCUGGGCAUCCGUCCUGGCAUCAAGGACAAGACAUUCGUCCUCCAGGGUUUUGGUAACGUGGGUCUUCACACCAUGCGGUACCUCCAUCGCGUCGGAGCAAAGUGUGUCGGAAUCGGAGAAAUCGACGGAAGCAUCUGGAACCCCAACGGGAUGGACCCCAAAGAGCUGGAGGACUACAAACUGGCCAACGGGACCAUCGUUGGCUUCCCAAACUCCACACCGUACACAGGAAACAUCCUGGAGGCCGACUGCGACAUCCUGGUCCCCGCCGCUGGAGAGAAGCAGCUGACCAAGAGCAACGCCCACAAAAUCAAGGCCAAGAUCAUUGCUGAAGGAGCCAACGGUCCAACCACACCUGAAGCAGACAGGAUCUUUCUGGAGAGGAACAUUCUGGUGAUCCCGGACAUGUAUCUGAAUGCUGGGGGUGUCACCGUCUCCUACUUCGAGUGGCUGAAGAACCUGAACCACGUCAGUUAUGGUCGGCUCACCUUCAAGUACGAGCGGGACUCCAACCACCACCUGCUGAUGUCGGUCCAGGAGAGUCUGGAGAAGAAGUUUGGGAAACACGGUGGGUCCAUCCCAGUCGUCCCGACCUCUGAGUUCCAGGCCCGGAUCGCUGUCCCUCUGUCCUGUCUCAGGUCUCUCAGGGAGUUGUUUUGUCAAAGAGCAGAUUGUUUAUUUUAUGUUUUGGACGUUUUGCCUUAACUCCAGUUUAAAGCAGCGCAGCCUUCAGUCUCUCAGGUGCAUUAGAUGAAGGUAAUGUUCAUAUAAAUAUUAGUUUAUCAAGUCAAUCAUUUUGUUGUUAAAACUUUAAAACUUGAGCUAAAUGUAACAACUUAACCUACAGUAGGCAAACAUCAAACCUUCAGUUGGAAUGAUUCAGAAGAGAAACAACGAGAUGCUGAAAUCUGAAAACUUUACUACAGCGCACGAGUUUUUAAAUGAUUGAAAUUAAGAGGAUUUAUUUUAACGCUCAGAAGAUCCUUUACAACAACCAGUUACAACAAUAAG